CGUUUUCAGCGGUGACUUCCUUAGCUUUGUCGCAGCUUCGUUUGUCCACGUUUCCUCGUGUCUUAACGUCGUCUCUCCGUCUUAAGCUGAUGAUAGAGCGCCUCUGGGAGCUGAUGUCAGUGUGAACUCUGCAGCAGCAGCCAAGGUUGUGGCGUUUGUGUGACGGUUUGGGCUCAGCUAUGAAUCAAUCUAAUGACGGAGUGGAGGGAGGCCAUCCCUUAAAAACCAAACAUUGCGGAGAACAUGUUGGCCAGACCAAAGCUCAGAGGCUCCCUAAAAGAUCACGACCCCCUGGACCUGAACCCGACUGUGUGUCCCUCAAAAGUGACCAUUCCAGGGAGAUUAUUUUAGAUUUUAAACAAGGGACAUUUGACAUGAACCAUCAGAGACCAGGACCUCCUGGAGCUGAGCCUGAACCCAGCUUUGUGUCCACCAAGAGUCACCAACUAGGCAAGAAGAGCUCAAAGGUCCCCAGUGGUCAGUUUCCCUGGCAGCAUCAGCGAGACCUGGACUCCAUAUUUCAGGAACUGGAGGGGAAUAUCAUCACUUUUGUGAAGAAGGGGCUGAAGACUAUCAAGGCUGUUUUGAGUUCAGAUUACUCAGAAUGCUUACAGAGUCAGAUGCAGGAUGAGGAGGCAUUUCUGAAGAUCACACUGCAGUGUCUGAGGAGAAUGAGGCAGCAGGAUCUGGCUGACCAUCUGCAGAGCAGAAGUCAUUCUGGACUUUGCCAACGUAAACUCAAAUCUAGCCUGAGGAAGAAGUUCCAGUGUGUGUUUGAGGGGAUUGCUAAAGCUGGAAACCCAGCUCUUCUGAAUCAGAUCUACACAGAGCUUAUCAUCAUAGAGGGGGGAACUGUGGUUGUCAAUGAUCAACAUGAGAUCAGACACAUUGAAACAGCAUUCAGGAAAAAGGACAGGCCAGAAACAACAAUCAGACGGGAAGACAUCUUUAAACCCUCACCUGGACGAAACGAACCAAUCCGAACAGUGAUGACGAAGGGAGUGGCUGGCAUCGGGAAAACAGUCCUAACACAGAAGUUCACUCUGGACUGGGCUGAAGACAAAGCCAACCAGGACAUCCAGUUCACAUUUCCAUUCACGUUCAGAGAGCUGAAUGUGCUGAAAGAGAAAAAGUACAGCUUAGUGCAGCUUAUUCAUGACUUCUUUCCAGAAACCAAAGAAGCAGGAAUCUGCAGGUUUGAAGAGUUCAAAGUUGUGUUCAUCCUUGACGGUCUGGAUGAGUGUCGACUUCCUCUGGACUUCCACAACAACGAGAUCCUGACUGACGUCACAGAGUCCACCUCAGUGGAUGUGCUGCUGACAAACCUCAUCAGAGGGAAACUGCUUCCGUCUGCUCACCUCUGGAUAACCACACGACCUGCAGCAGCCAAUCAGAUCCCUCCUGAGUGUGUUGACAUGGUGACAGAGGUCAGAGGGUUCACCGACCCACAGAAGGAGGAGUACUUCAGGAGGAGGUUCAUAGAGGAGCAGGCCAGUCAAAUCAUCUGCCACAUUGGGACAUCCCGAAGCCUCCACAUCAUGUGCCACAUCCCAGUCUUCUGCUGGAUCACCGCUACAGUCCUGGAGGACAUGUUGAAGACCAGAAAGACAGAGGAGCUGCCCAAGACCCUGACUGAGCUGUACAUCUACUUCUUAGUGGUUCAGUCCAAACUGAAGAACAUCAAGUAUGAUGGAGGAGCUGAGACAGAUCCACACUGGAGUCUAGAGAGCAGGAAGAUGUUUGAGUCUCUUGGAAAAUUGGCUUUUGAGCAGCUGCAGAAAGGAAACCUGAUCUUCUACGAAUCAGAUCUGACAGAGUGUGGCAUCGAUAUCAGAGCAGCCUCAUUGUACUCAGGAGUGUUCACACAGAUCUGUAAAGAGGAUAGAGGAUUGUACCGGGACAAGGUGUUCUGCUUCGUCCAUCUGAGUGUUCAGGAGUUUUUGGCUGCUCUUCAUGUCCAUCUGACCUUCAUCAACUCUGGAGUCAAUCUGAUGGUAGAAGAACAUCCAAACUUGUGGUCUAAAUUAUUGAAAGGCAAAUGCGAUCUGAAACAUCUCCAUGAGAGUGCUGUGGACAAAGCCUUACAGAGUCCAAACGGACAACUGGACUUGUUCCUCCGCUUCCUCCUGGGUCUUUCACUGGAGAACAAUCAGAAACACAUACGUGAUCUUCUGACACAGACAGGAAGUUGCUCACAGAACAGUCAGGAGACAGUCCAGUACAUCAAGAAGAAGUUUGAGGAAAAUAUCUCUGCAGAGAAAAUCAUCAAUCUGUUCCACUGUCUGAAUGAACUGAAUGAUCGUUCUCUGGUGAAGGAGAUCCAACACUCUCUGAAGUCAGGAAGUCUCUCUACAGAUGAACUGUCUCCAGCUCAGUGGUCAGCGCUCGUCUUCAUCUUACUGUCAUCAGAAAAAGAUCUGGACGAGUUUGACAUGAAGAAAUACUCUGCUUCAGAGGAGGCUCUUCUGAGGCUGAUGCCAGUGGUCAAAGCCUCCAACAAAGCUCGAAUAAGUUGCUGUGACCUCUCGAAGAGAUGCUGUGAAGCUCUGUCCUCAGUCCUCAGCUCCCAGUCCUGCAGUCUGAGAGACCUGGACCUGAGUCACAGCAACCUGCAGGAUUCAGGACUGAAGCUGCUGUCUGCUGGAUUACAAAGUCCACACUGUAAACUCGAAACUCUCAGGCUGAAUGACUGUAAACUCUCAGAGGGAAGCUGUGACCCUCUGACCUUAGUUCUCAGCUCCCUGUCCUCCAGUCUGAAAGACCUGGACGUGAGUGACAACAGCCUGCAGGAUUCGGGAGUGAAGCAACUGUCCACUGGACUGGAGAGUCCACACUGUAAACUGAAAACUCUCAGGCUGUCAGGCUGUCAGAUCACAGAGAAAGGCUGCGGUUCUCUGGCCUCAGCUCUGAACUCCAAGACCUCCCAUCUGACAGAGCUGGACCUGAGCUACAAUCAUCCAGGAGACUCGGGAGUGAAGAAGCUCUCUGCUCUACGGGACCAUCCGCACUCGAGACUGAAAGCUCUUAGACUGGAGCCCAGUGGAGUCCAGUGGAUGAGACCAGGUCUGAAGAAGUAUUCCUGCAAACUCGGACUCGACCCAAACACAGUGAACAAAAACCUCAGACUGUCUGACGACAAGAGGGAGGUGACGACCGUGAGAGGGAAUCAGCAGUAUCCUGAUCAUCCCGACAGAUUCGACUACUGGCCUCAGCUGCUGUGUAGAGAUGGUCUGACUGGUCGCUGUUACUGGGAGGUGGAGUGGAGAGGACGAGUUUUUGUAACGGUAAGUUACGGCGGAAUCAGCAGGAGAGGAGACAGACAAGACUCAAUGUUUGGAGGGAACGAUCAGUCCUGGAGUCUGAGCUGCGGUGAUGGUAGUUACUCUGUCUGUCACAACAACAUGCAAACAUCCAUCACCUCCUCCUCCUCCUCCUCCUCCUCCUCCUCCUCCUCCUCCUCCUCUGGUAGAGUGUAUGUGGACUAUCCUGCCGGCACUCUCCUCUACAGAGUCUCCUCUGGCUCACUGAUCCACCUCCACACCUACAACACCAGAUUCACCAAACCUCUGUAUCCCGGGUUCGGGUUCUGGUCUGGUUGGACUGGAUCCUCUGUGUCUCUGUGUUGAGCAGAUCUCAACCACAAUUUGAGAUAAUCGGCAAAAGAAAAGUGCCAAUUAAUCAAUCAGUCAACCAAUCAGACUUCAUGUGUAUUGCACUUUUCAAUUAUUAAUAAUAUUAAUUAAGUAAUUAAUAUUAAUUAAUUUUCUAAACGCUAGAUAAAAAGGUAAAUGAAUGAAAGGAUAACAACACAAAGUAAAAAUUUAUAAAAAUUAUAAAAUGGUGUACCAUCCAGUAAAAAGACUAAAAUGCACACAUAAAA